GACAGUCAUGGCGGCCGCAGCGGUGGUUCGAGGAAUCGGCUCAAACUUGUCAAAGAAUCUGCGUGAAAUCCGCCUGCAUUUAUGCCAGAUCUCAGCUGCCAGCCAGGGCACCAGGGACUUCAUUGAGCAGCAUUAUGUGACUCUGAAGAAGGCAAACCCUCAGUUCCCCAUCCUGAUCCGAGAGUGCUCUGGAGUUCAGCCCGUGCUGUGGGCUCGAUAUGGUUUUGGUAAGGAACACAGUGUUUCACUGGACAACAUGAGCGCAGAGCAGGUGGCCAAAGCACUCGAAACAGUCGUCAAUGCAAAGCCCUGAGUGACCCUUCUGAUGUAAAAAUCUGUAAAUGUUGUUUGUGCUCCAAACUGAGAAUAAAUGUAUAUGCUAAA